AUAGUUCAUUUAUUUCGACGCUUCUUUGAGCGAUGCAAACCAUUUCCUGUUUCCCUACUUUGGAUUUCUAUAAAUCGGCAUCUAUAAUUCAAAGAAACGGCCAGGGCAAAUCACUGCUUGAUUUUGAGCCAUGUUGACUUGGGUUCUACUGGUUAUGCAGGCUUACUCAAGAGGAAGCAAAAGGAGCUUGGAGCUAAUAUCAUGGACAUUGAUCGAGCGGAUACAUGGCUCUAGGGCCAUCAGGGCAAAGAUGGAGAAUUUGAUGAAGAAGUGAAAGCUAUGGAUAAAAAAAAUAAAAAAUGUAGAACUCUGGUCAAGAUGGAUCGUUCUUGGAUGUAUGGUCGUCGAGACACGACUGAAUUUUUCAUUGGUGCAAAUGGGUUCAUCAAAGCUGCCGUUACACACCAGAAACAACAAGGACAUAAAGGAAUUUUAUGUCCUUGCUUAAGGUGCCGAAACUUGAGAAGAGAGAGUGACGUCAAUGUUAUACUUCAACAUCUGUUUGAGAGAGGUUUUAGAGAAAAUUACACAAUUUGGACAUUACAUGGUGAAACUUGCCAGAAUGGUGAGAAUGUUGUUUCACGAGCUGCCGCUGAUAAUUUAAAGCGCAAAUCCCCUGAUACUACCACCGAGUUAAAUUGGAACAGUGGCAACAAUGGGGAUGAUGAUUUUAAUGAUGAUCAAAUGGAUGAUUUUUUGAAGGAUGUGCAUGAUAAUUUUGAACAACAACCAAAAUCAUAUGAAAGUAUGGUUGAUGCUGCCAGAAUACCUUUGUAUUCUACCUCUAGUUUUACCAAGCUGUCUGCGGUGUUGAAAUUGUUUCAUUUGAAAGCGAAACAUGGAUGGAGCAAUGCCAGUUUUACAGAGUUAUUGACAUUGAUUCAAGAGAUGUUGCCUGAAGGGAAUACACUUCCUGAUACAACGUAUAAGGCAAGAAAGUUAUUGUGUCCCAUGGGAGCUGAAUGGGAGAAAUUUCACGCUUGUCCCAAUGAUUGUGUGUUGUACCGGAAUGAGUACGAAAACCUUGAUGAAUGUCCAACGUGUCAUCUUUCUCGCUACAAGGCUAAAAGGAGUACCAAUAGUGCUAGUGACACUGAGAGUUCCAAAAUUCCUGCAAAA